AUGGCGUGUCAGCUACAGAAUGAGAUCUGUGAACGCGUGCGUUGCCUGUGCAAGCUGUCUGACGUUGUGUCUGUGCUGGAUCUGCUGCUUUCAUUUGCCCACGCCUGCGCCCUUUCUGAUUGUGAAUUUACCGAUACUUUAGCGAUCAAGCAGGGCUGGCAUCCCAUUCUUGAAAAGACAGCUCUGGCAAAACCUGUGGCUAGCAACACAUCCCUGACAGAGGUCAACGGUCUUGUCAUUGUUACAGGACCAAAGCACAGGCGGAAGAGCGCUCCGGAGAUGAUGAAGCAGAGAGCUGCGCACCAGUUAGCAACGAGCUUGGUUCAGACUGCCAGCAAUUCUCAGCUGGACCCUGGCAGUUGGCGUGGACAUUGGAAAGCUCUGAAGAGAAAGUAGGUAGCCAGUUGUCCCACACCUGGAAAAAAUGAUGAGCAACAGUAACAUGUAACAGAGGCUGCUGCUCUAGUUUUUACGACUGCAUGAUGAUUCUGGUUUUUCCCACAGUGUUAGUGCUGUCUUUUCACGUGGUGUUAUAUUUUUAAUUCAUAGUGCAAAUUACACUCAGUGAUGGAAGAUCAUAUCCUUUAUGGGUGUCCCCCCCCCGCUCCCCCAGCAUAACUGGAAUGAAAGCAUUUGCCUUCUAUGUGAAACACAAUUCAUUUGGAUGAUAAACUGUAUAAUUUUCAUCAUUUUAGAGCAGUGCUGAGAGGAUAGGGAAGAACUGGGCCAGAGUACUAAGGAACUCAGAAUUUCACGUGUGACACAGAAGAAAGCUCAGAUUGCAGAAAGGGAAACGUGCCCAAAUCGGCUCAAAGUAGCAGUGUUGCUGCCUGUUGUCGUUCAGUUGUGUCUUCUGAAAAUGAGACCGUUCUAAUCAUUGUGCUGUGCUCAACACUUGUCACUUCUCCCAGUGCCAGGAAACAGGUGAGGCUCAAAGCAACUGUAAAGAAUUUGGAUGUGUGAA